CCAGAAAAACCAGCACACAACCACACACACACAUCACUAAUAGGAUGGCCAACAAGAACCAACAACCCCUUCGACUGCAAACCUCAUUCGAAACGAGCAGCACAAAAUCAGCACCAGAACCUAACUCAGCCACACCUGUCUUCGACCAACAACCUUACACCAAUCCUGUCUUCCUCAACCGCCGAUCAUCAAGCGUCGCCCUAGCCUUUGCCACCCAUCCCCCUUCAGAAAAACCUUGGCAUGGCGGGCCAGGCAGGACUACCGUCAGCGGCGGAGGAGGACCCCAGGGCAGGGAUAUCAUCGACACCAACCUCAACUCACUCAACCUCAACAACCAAAACUCAAAAUCUGACGAACUGAUCAAUCAGCAUAACCCAAACCAACCAAACGGACCUCCAAUCAGUCACAGCGAGAUCAAUAACACUCAUAUCACACUCAACCAACUCAAACUCAACAAGCCUGCAAACAAGGAACGCCCAAUGGUCUACGAUUUCCCGUCAACUCAUUCUCAUCCUCCUCACAUACCCACUCCCCAUCAACCCGAUCAUCAAGUCCCUGGUAUCGACUGUGAUUCAUUGACGAAUGAACUCGACGAAUUCUACUCUUACGUCGAAGUCCCUGGCGUCUUGGAAGGUCGGGACACUUGGGAGUUCGAUCCUCAAUCUAACCCUCAACAGCCCAACCAUGGCUCAGCUCAUCAGAAACCCGGCUCAACUAAGACCUGGCGUGAAUGGUCUCGUGAGAAGACCAAGCUCGAACUGGAUUGGGUUCAGGCUUCAUCGACCGUCCAGAAGAGUUAUAUCAUCCAUCUACUCGACCGACUAGAAGAUAAAGAUCCUGAGAUUCGAUUCGAUGCCGCAAGGAAGAUACUCUACAUCGCCCAAGGUACCUUUGCUCACUCUACCUCCACCGAACAUCACGUCCAACUCGUCAUUCAAAACGCUCAACUACUGAGAGAGGCCGGCGCACUCGAAGCUAUCUUUGUCGCUCUCAAAGGCGUCGGCGGUCGGCACGACUGGAUUAGUAGUCUACCUGAAGCUCCGGACCCCAACUCAUCAUUUUCCCCAACUGGCCCCUACUUGGAUGCUCAUGAUCGUCAAGCGUUCCUAGAGGAGAUCAAUGGCGAACUGGCCAUCCAUCUCGCCGUUCUCUACUUCAUGGUCGAAGUCUUCAGGGGCGAUGACACCUGGGGCGAAGAAUUGAUGGGCUUAGACCCUCCUCUACCGAUCUAUAUGCUCGGACUAGUAGCUGGUCUUCGCGAGAAAAAUGCAAAGGGUUACCCAGUCAAAAAACUUUUACUUUUACUAUGGAAAAGCAUGCUUGUCACUCUGGGUGGUAUGAACGAUGUAGACCGUGUCAAGAAGAUGGUCCGAUCCAUCGAAAGCUUACCACCCAAUCAAUCUACUCCUUCAAGCUCUUUCAAAGUCUCCCCACUCGACUUUUACACCUUCAGAAAAGAAAUCAUCACCAAAUAUCCCACCUAUGUUUCACCAGACGUAUCCGAAAUCUAUCUUGCUCGACUCGCCGCCGCCGCCGCACCCACCCCCAUCCGACCCAGUGCUAUGUACCACCCCGCCAAUUCGACCAUCCCACACGACCCAUCUGGCCAGAUCAAAGUCUUACCCAACAACAACCUUCAACCUGGUACACCCGCUCCCUCUCCACCACCAUCCCCCCAGCAGAAACUCAAGAAGCAACAGUUUCAAACCGAUCAAACACGACCUUUCGUCUUGCCCUUUUCUACUGCCAAUGCCAAACUGAGUAGUAAUGGUGUACCAUCCCUUGUCCCCCGAAGCAUCGAUGAGGCAGGUGAACUGUACAUGAGCCAUCUCAGAAUUAGUACUGAGCUUUGGCAAACCUGGAAGGUUCGAGAGGAGUUUAUGGCUGAUGAAUCUGGGUUGGCCAAAGUUGAAGCCUGCGCUGAAGCUAAUUCAAAUAAAUCACCCGAACGAGAUCCGAUGCAGAACAUCACCAACAGAAUGUCAUCUAUGACCAUGGACCAAGUCACAUCCUUCCCUACAAAUAUCGAUGAUCGGCCGCCACUCCCUGAUUCCUUACAAAUGCUGAUCGAGUUGGAAGAACGGAUUUGGUGCGAUUUUGCUACUGCUGAGCAGUUGAAUGAUCAUGAAACCGCUCAAAAGUUGAAACAAGAUGCAUUAGAUACUCGAAGACUCCAGCGCGUCGAGCUGCUGUAUCGAAGCAUCCUCCCCCAAAUGCAAAGCGCCGUGAUCGUCCUCCUAAAGCUGCUGUUAGCCACCGUAACAGCAAACACCAAUUCAAAUAACUCAAAUGAGUCUGAGCCACAAAAGCCGCCCCCGACGAUCGAAGAUAUUGAUAUUCUCAGACAUCGCGAGAUCACUUCCAAGGCAGUUUCGGCUAUCUUGAUCUUAACACUCAAAUGGUUCAAGGCCUCCCACGUCAUGAAGUUUCACUAUUUGGCUCAGCUGUUGGUUGAUUCAAACUGUCUUCUAUUGAUCUUGAAAAUGUUUGGCUUGCAAGAGGUUGCAGUCCAAGUUAAAACAAAAAAUGAAUGUGAGGACUACAACUUCUUCCGGUAUUGUGCCUUGUACGGCUCCCGCUUUCCAACUGAACCAUGUCCUCAGGAGUCUCCUCUCCAGCGAAACCCCACUCCUCUGGUCACAAGAUCGGCUCGGUCGGGGGAUGAUGACGUCGAUGUGAUCACUGAUUACUCUUGGAGGAAUUUCUUCUCGGCUAUCAACUUUGUGCACAUCUUGCAAAAGUUGACUAAGGGCCGGGUGCACCGAAUCCUAUUGCUUGUUCAAUACAAAAGCUCUGCCAUUUUAAAGCGUAUUUUGAGGGCUAACCAACCCACUUUACAACUAUACGUGUUGAAGGUCAUCAAAAGUCAAGUACCAUUUUGUGGAAGAAAGUGGCGACAGGCCAACAUGAAAGUGAUCACCGCUAUUUACCUGAACUGCCGGGCGAAUCUACGGGACGAGUGGCUCUUGGGAGUGGAUCUUGAUGGAGAAGUUGAAGACUCUUUUCCGCAAGAGCAAGCUUUACGAUCGCUUGUUAGCUUUUACAAUUGCAAGCAUUAUUCAGCCUUCGCUCCUCAUAUGUAUCGCCGUCCUUCGAGCCUAGUGGCUAAUCCGCCGGAGGGUCCUACCAACAAUGCACACGCGACGUGGCAUCAAGUGGAUCGCCAAGGUGGACUUAACGGAGCCCAGGCUUCACAAUCACCACAUGCAUCCACCGAAUCGGAUGUCUUCCCACCAGUGCGAUCGUUUUACGAUAACACCAGAUCCUCUGACCCAAGUACGACGAUCGAUGGUUUCUUGGAGGAUUACGAGGUUGAAAGUCUAUUCUAUCCCCACUACUCAGUCUCCAGUAACGGCUUGCUGGAACGAAGUGAUGAUGCUGCCACUUCUGCGUGGAACCGACUUGGCGAGCUGCUCGGCGACUUCGACGACAUCUCGGAUAGCGAAAGCAUAGCCUCAAUUGGCUAUCUUGGCGGCGAGUUUGGCUCAGAUGGUAGUGUGUCAUCACUGGAUGAUUUUAAAGAUGAAGAUAACCAGAGUCGUAGGGCAGAGUGGGAGCACUUGUCACCGGAGACGAUCACAGCACUUGAGGAAGAAAGGAAGACAUCAGAAAACCAACACGGAUCGCCCUCCCAAAUCCCUCGGCGUAAGAAGAGUAGCGAACCCAAGAGUCCCGCGCUACGACCGGUCGUCUUCGAUGGUCGCGACGAUGACGAGGUGACAGAACAAAUCGAGCGAGAGAGGAUUUCACAUAAUCUCGAUCUGACUGGCAGUCCCAGAGCUUCGUCCCAUCGCUCGCCGCAUUUCGGACCUCAAUCUCCGUUGAAUGCUUCGCAUCACAGUGGGCCAGCCGUCGAUGAAGUAGAACUCAUCUUUGGAGAGUAAACUUGUUUUUCCUUUUUGUUUUGCUUCCUUUCAUCCUGUCUAUGAUUGUAAAUGUAUGAUUGAAAGUAUAUAGAAAGCUCAUUGAUCAUUUGUGUCAUUUGACUGAACUCAGUCUCCCUGAUAUUCAAAGUCUCAAACUGAAAGUAGUGAUCCAGCUCUUACAUAGUCUCCAUAUCCCCGCUCACGUGUACUCAACUGAUUUACAUCAUUCAAAUCAUUCGAUGGUUAUUCUUAGCUCACUUUCUGCAUAGCCAUUACAUUUUUUAUUAUUUGGUAAAUUUGAUCCAUUGUGCCAGUAACUCAGAAUGACGACG